AUGAAGAGGUUGUUUUUUAUGUUUCCUGUUCUUCUUCUACUCGUGGUGGGUUUCUUUUCUUCUAGGAUUUUUGGAUCAAACCUUAUUAAAGGCGACGACGACAGCGAUAUGGGCUAUGGCUAUGGAGGUGGUGGUGGGGGAGGAGGCGGCGGCGGUGAACAAGGCAUUGGCGGCGAUCAAUCAGGUGGAUCGGCUGGAUUAGUACCUGGCGCUGGUGGGGGUGACGAUAAUGAUCGUAGCGGCUGUCAUGGGGCGAGAAUGAGUGGUGGUGGUGAUCAUAGGAGACAAGGCGGGAGAGGCAAAGGUGGCGGUGACGGAGAUUGCGGAGCACUUGGUGGUGGUUGUGCUGGUGGGGCUGGAUUUGGGAGCAAAGGUGGAGGUGGUGGCGGAGGAGGUGGGGGCGGUGGGUAUGGAUGGGGCAGUGGGUCUGGAAAUGGAGGCGGGGGAGGGGGCGGAGGUGGUGGCGCCGGAUUUGGCAGGGGUGGUGGUCAUGGACGCUGA